UGCCGAGGUUGAUUGCUCACGGAGGAGAUUGGGUUUUUUUCUAUUUCUUUUUCCUUUCAGGAUUUGAAAAAGAGAAAAGAACGCACAGCAGGCUGGGACGGUGAAGCGCCACCAGCUGGCCCCACGUGGACACCUCUGAGGGGAAAGGGAGUUGGAAGCGAGCUUGGUCCAGCUGGCCUCGAGGCCUCAACUUCUGCCGGACCUGGGUCAUGACUGUCACGCCGGGCCGGUGGAAGGCUUUACCUGUCCCCGGCUGGACUUGACCGCUGCCCUUCAGCGGCCGACGCUCCCCCCACCCACACACACUCCCCCGACACCUCGCUAGGCUCUGACACCCGUCUGCGACAUGGAUAAGUACGGCGACCUGGGCCUGGAGGCCAGUAAAUUCAUUGAGGACCUGAACAUGUACGAGGCCUCCAAGGAUGGACUCUUCCGAGUGGACAAGGGGGCAGGCAACAAUCCCGAGUUUGAGGAAACACGCCGGGUGUUUGCCACCAAAAUGGCCAAAAUCCACCUCCAGCAGCAACAACAGCUCUUGCAGGACGAGACCCUGCCCAGGGGGAGCCGAGGCCCGGUCAACGGUGGCGGCCCCCCGGGUCCAGAGGCCCGCCGGGAAGUCGGUGUGAGCAGCAAGCUGACCGUGGAUGGUGCAGCCAAGCCCCCUCUAGCUGCCUCGACAGUGGGUCCUGGGACAGCCACCUGCAUGGCCCCCGGGCAACCCUUGUACCCACCCCAGGAGCAGAGGGCCAGGCCCUUUGCCCGCAGCGCGAGCCAGGGCAGCCAGGACUGUGGCUCCAAGGAGAGCCUGGCAAGCUGGGAGAUGUCUGCCUUCCGCCAGGUGGGCCCCUGCGAGGAUCCUUCCUGCCUCACGCACGGAGACUAUUACGACAACCUCUCCUUGGCAAGCCCAAAGUGGGCUGAUGAACCAGGAGUGUCCCCCAGCGUCAGGCCGGGCGCAGGGAGUGGGUGGCCUGGCACCCCAGGGACUGACACACCACUGCCCAAACCCUCCAGGGACCAUCCCCUGUACCAGCCUCAGCUCUCCCCGAGCUCCAGCAAGUCAUUUGAGACCGGCCAGGAUGGUGGUGGUGGUGACCGUGGUGAUGAGAAGCCAGCUGGGCUUUGGACUACCGCCUCCUCCCAGCGGGUGAGCCCUGGCCUCUCUUCCCCAGGCCCGGAAAACGGGGCCCUCCUGGGGCCGCCUCAGCCCAGGCCCCCCUCUUUCUUAGCACCCUUGGCCCAGAGCUGCCCCAGCCAAGGAGCUCUUCCAAGAACAAACUCGGGGGUGGGGAGUGAGGCUUCAGGCACGAUGCCCAAACCCAUGGUGGACCCUCAACCCUGGUUCCAAGACGGACCCAAAUCUUACCUUUCUAGUUCUGCCUCAUCAUCCUCACCAACCAGCAUGGACAGUUUGCAGCUGGGUGCGGCCCCUGGGCUGGGUCCUAAGCCAGUCUGCACAGACCCUGGCAUUGGUCCCAAGCUCAGCCCCACCAGCCUUGUCCAUCCAGUGAUGUCCACUCCGCCUGAGUUAUGUUGUAAAGGUCCCCCAGGCUGGUCGUCAGAUGGCAGCCUGGGGCCUGGGCUCCCGGAGAGCCCCAGCCCCCCCAGGGUGAGGCUGCCCUGCCAGACCCUCCUCCCAGGCCCUGAGCUUGGGCCCUCAGCCGCCGAAUUGAAAUUAGAAGCCCUCACCCAACGUCUGGAGCGUGAAAUGGAUGCGCACCCGAAGGCCGAUUACUUUGGAGCCUGUGUGAAAUGCAGCAAAGGGGUGUUUGGGGCCGGCCAGGCCUGCCAGGCCAUGGGGAAUCUCUACCAUGACGCCUGCUUCACCUGUGCGGCUUGUGGCCGGAAGCUGAGAGGAAAAGCCUUUUAUUUUGUCAACGGCAAAGUGUUUUGUGAGGAAGACUUCCUGUACUCUGGGUUCCAGCAGUCUGCUGACAGGUGUUUUCUUUGUGGACAUCUGAUCAUGGACAUGGUGAGUAGGGUCAGUGGAACAAGAUGGCUCAAUGUGGGCUCCAGGACCUGCCUCCUAGAAACAGCACAAUAUGCAUUUUAUUGCCUCUUUGCUUCUCCCGGCAGGGUGCUGGCCCCCAAGUGUGCAGCCUGUGGGCUUCCCAUCCUUCCACCUGAGGGCUCAGAUGAGACCAUCCGUGUCGUGUCCAUGGACAGAGACUACCAUGUGGAGUGCUACCACUGUGAGGACUGCGGUCUGGAGCUCAAUGAUGAAGACGGUCACCGCUGCUACCCCCUGGAGGACCACCUGUUCUGUCACUCCUGCCAUGUCAAGAGACUGGAGCAAAGCCCCUCGUCUGCAGCUCUUCACCAGCACCGCUUCUAGCCGGAGCCACUCCCAGGCGUCCCGUGGGAGAUGACAAGACAUCUGCCUGUUAGUUCCAGCGGCCCCCGGGGCGGAGCCGGGGUCGGGGGUGGGAGAGGGGUUAGGCAGGUAAGUUUCUGCAUAUACGCCUGGGGUGCCUUUCCUUGAACCAGGGAGCUGAGCCCUACCUGUGUGGCAUGUGUAUUUUCCAAGUGCCUUUCUGCUCCGCAACGCCCUGUCACAUUACUCAGGAAGACACUCCAGCCGCGUGUGGCAUGUGACAGGGGAUCGCAUCCGUGCAGCCGAAGGCACUCUCCAGCCCCUCUCGGAUGGAAAGGGUCGCAGUGAGCGUGUUUCACAAUAUCCUCUGAAGACAGAUCUCAGCUGCCGAUCCAUGCAGCCCUCUCCUGUCCCUUGGGAAAAUUCCCACAUCCAGACGCUAUCCGCCCCCCCCCCGCCACCGCAUGCACGUACACAACAUGAUUUAAGACUGCAUCCAGACACGUGCGUGCGCACACACACACACACAGCAUUAUUUAAGACUUCCUGCCACCCCAGAGACUCAGUUCUUCUUUCGAAUGGUUGCACAUUUUCAUUGCAUUAUGGCAAGAGGGAAGCUCUCGCGGGUGCUAUCUUAGGAAGAAUUUGCUUACUAAACCAGAGCCAAGUUUUGAAAUGAGUGAGCCAGGCAGGGUUUCCUCCUGGUACGCUGACCGCGUUUUGUGUGCCCCUGCAAAUCUUCACUCCCUUAACGGCAGCUGGGAGCCCGAUGGAGAUUUGCCCUGUUCCAGCAAAGUGUGCUUUGGACCGAGGGCUUGGUGCAGGCCCCAGGCCCCCUUUGCCCAGCUGUUUACACUGUUUCUCUCUGGAGCUCUCGAGAGUCUGCGACUCCGGAGUCGCUCCCACAAAGGCAAGUCUCAGGAUCCCACGUGGGGACAUCUCUGUGCCUGUUUUAGCUUCUUUAAUGAACCACGGGGUUUGGGCCGUCCUGCCCACCUGCUGAGAACUAGCCCCCUUCUCCACGGGGGAGAGUGUGUGUGUGUGUGUGUGUGUGUGUGUGUGUGUGUGAUCUCUAAGCAGCACAGGAGGGGGUGCUUCCGGAUAGAUGAGUGUGUUCACCUCGCACGGCUCUCCCUCACCCAAUUCUGGGCACAGGCAGUGACGUGGGAAGAGACCCGUAUAAGGUACACUGCUCUUGUCUGGGUUUUCUUCUUGUUUUUAAUCGUCUCCCCCCGUUCUCAGUCUUCCACACACACAAAAUACCUCACAGAUAAGAGCUUCGCCAAACCGCAGAUGAGGCAUUUGGCCAUUGCACUGACCUCCCAGGCCUCCGUCGGGGCGUGCGGAGUCUCUGCCUCCACGCGGGCCAGACAGCAGCCGCUCCGGGCACGGGCUGCCAGUGGGUCGGAGGGCACGUGGGUGUUACUGCCCUGAUGCAGUUCAUCAGGCAGGUCCCCCCGGGGUGGGAGGGCCACGCACCGGCCGGAGUUCAAGGCCGCCUGUGCACUCAGGAAGCACGGCUGGCCCAGCCUGUCACACACUCCCGAGGCCGGACGUCCGUAUCCCUGGUAUUCCAAUGAAAAGAUGGUGUAACAGAAAAAUAAAAAAGAAGGCUGGCUGGCAUUUGCCCUCUCAGCCCGUGGGGAGGGCCCGCCGGAGGGCAGGGGCCGGCCUGGGAGUAUGGCACUGGCGUCGGCUGUCCGCCUCGUCACCUCACCCCCAGGGCAGCAGGGGGCCACGGAGGGUGGGCGGGGGGGGGGCGCGGAGCCCAAGGCACGUGGGACUCGCAGACUUGUCAGUGGGCCCGGCUCCCGACGCGAGGCCGCGCUUUGAUUCAUUGGGUAGCAGCUGCUCUAAGAUGUACAGAAUUGGCCCCGAGAGUUGUCUCCUGUUCUUAUAUUCACUCUGUUAGAUGGCCAGAUGUCACUUCAGCCCAGGCUGUGGGCUUUCGUCGAUUCUGUGGCACAGGCCAAGCCUCCAGAAGCCCGUGGAUACGUGCGGCCGGGGGAGUGAACCUUGGGGCUGAACCCCUCUCUUCCCGGAGUCCCCAGCUCGGCUCUGGCAAGGCUGGCCGGGACGGGGCGGGGGGGGGGGUGUCUUCACUUGGCUUUGCCAACCGAGGAACGUUUCUGGCCUUGCUGACCCACCUUUGCUGCCCUUGCGAGUCCAGCAAAAGUGCAGAAAAUUGCCCGAGAGCAACUGCCAGAAACGGACUUGUUUGCAAAUUGGGCAACUAGUUUUUUAAAAAAUCUGUGAUUAAUUUUUUAAAUGAUAUGUUUUAAGUGGCCUUGAUGGAGGUGAUUCAGAUAAUCUGCAAAUACGGUGUUUUCUACUGUUGAGGAAAGAACAAUAAGAGACUUUCCAGAAGCCCAAGAAAUCGGGGCGGCGAGUUGUAGGAAUCUCGCGCCAGUUCUGUUUCUCAGGCUCUGGCGCUAAAGCCACGAGGGAGAUGGGUCACCUGCGUGGUAUCUUAGAUAUUCUGUAAGCUGUUAGCCAAACAGAAUUGUAACGGGGUUGUAUUUAUAGGCACCUAGAAAGGAGACACAAGGACCCGGUAGACCAGGAGGAAUUCGUUUCUUUUAAAAGGUAGAGCGGAUAGCCCUUCCUGAGUUCCCUAGAUAGCUCUUGGACUUAGAUAAACAAGGAGAAUUAAGGUCUGAUGGCAGACCCCAAGGCCAGCCUCCAGUCUUCCCCCCUCCCCCGCCUCAUUUGGCCCAUAGUUUUUCCCUCCCCCCAGCGAGGACCAUUCAAAAGCUGCCAGGGGGGUCUGAGGAAAGCCAAUGACCUGGUUUGGCCUGCCCUUCUCUCUCUCAUGUUCUCCCACCUGCGGCUGGGGAAAGAGUGACGCGGUCACCUCUCACCGUGGGAGGGCAUUACGCCCUGUCUGGGUCAUUGCCCGUACAUGGCAACAGGACUUCCCACUUCUCCGUGGUCAGUGCUCGAGUGAGAGCCUCUUUCGGCCGAGUCCACUGAGGUGGGGCCACCAACCACGUGUGCAGGACUUGACCCCACACCAACCUUGUUGCAGGACGCACUCGUUGCAACGCUGUCUGCCAGGAAACCCAAGUUCUUUGUAGUCUCCUCCGUGCCAGGAAUCAGUUCUCAUUUCCAGGUUAUUUGAAGUCAGUCUUAAAAGGAGUAGAAUACAAUGAGUAAAAUAUAUUAGCUAUCGUUCUGAGCCGGAACUGGACAGAUGUGGGAAAUUUCCGUAUAGUGUGUGAAAAUUUCACCAUGCAGGGAAAUUAUUUUUCUCUGUAUCUCUUCUUUUCCUAUAAAAAUUAUUCAAAAUUGUACUGUUACUAUAAAUUCUUCCAGCUAUUGUUACUACAGAAUUACUCAGAAUUGUACUGUUGCUAUAAGAUUAUUCAAAAUAUCAUGCCAAUAAACUGCAUCAAUUUGUAGACGAUUAAAGUGCUCUCCAACACAA